AACUCAUUCUGUUCUCUAUGUCAAAUCCACCAUGACACAUCCCAUUCUGGUGCUUGGAUUUUUGAUAGUAUCAUACUUUUGUGUUUCUCAAGCUGAAAAUGCCUUCUCACAUUAUUGGGAAGAGCAUAUUGGUCUUCCACUCCCUCCACAUUGGUUAGCUACAAAGGCUUCUCCAUUAAGCCUACAUCAGGUGGCAGCGUUUAUGAAACUUAUAGAGAAAAAUGAAUUAGCUUCCCACCUGCAUUCGUUCUGUAAGCAGGCUAAUGUUGCUUGUUCUACAAAUACACUAGUGAAUAACACAAUGGAAGAUAUAACCCUGCCACAAUUACCCCAGUGGAAUAUUGCCAUAAAGAUUUAUGAAACCUCUCCAAAAGACACACCCCUAUCAAUUUCCAGCAAAGAUGGAUUGCCCUUUUUCCGGGAAUCAAUGGUGAAAGAGGGAGGUUUCAUGUCUAUCCCUGAUCUUAGAGACCCAAUGUCAUAUAUAUCAUUCUUACCGCAACCUCUGGCAUUAAAAAUCCCAUUUUCCUUUGCCCAGAUUGAUGAAGUAAAGAAGCUUUUUGAUGUGGUAGAUGAAUCAAACAUGGAUGAAUAUAUUCAAGACACCCUACAGACAUGUGAAAAGAGCACCUGCGUGACUUCUGCCGAGGAUCUCAUCAAUUUUGUUGUCGAAAAAUUAGGGCAUCACAUACGUAUAUGGAGUACUGAGAGUAUUGAAGGAUCUUGUGAAAAUGUCACAAUUGGAACCGUGAAACUCAUAUACGGAAACCUCUAUGAACCACCAACCUUAUGUCAUAGUCAACCAUUCCCAUUUCAGGUCUAUUAUUGUCAUGUUUUACAGAAAGUAAAAGUAUAUGCAGUUGAUAUACAUGCUAAGAAAAAAGUGAAUCAUGUGAUCAUGGCAUGCCACUAUGACACAUCAACCUGGAACCCAAACCAUCAAGCUUUUAAGCUACUGGGUUUUGGACCUGGUCAAAUUGAAGUCUGUCAUUGGAUAAACAAGAAUGGAAUGGUCUGGACAAAAAAUUUAGGUUGAGCAGCAUUUGAAGAUAAGAUUAUCUUCCAGUUCUCUUGUUUGUGCUAUCUGUUACUAAUUAUGAUAUUUGAAGGAUAAAUGAUGACCUAGUUUGGCUCGAUUAUUUUGUCA